AUGGCCGACCCCCGCGUUCAAGAGCUCCCCGAUGAGGACGUCCCCAACACCGUCGAGGAGGGCAGUGACUCCGAGUCCGAGGCUGGCGAGGAGGCAAACAUCCCCGCCGGCGCCUCCGUCGCCAUCCACUCCCGUGGUGAGAAGAAGGCCCGCAAGGCCAUUGCUAAGCUCGGCCUGAAGCACGUUCCCGGCAUCACCCGUGUCACCCUCCGCCGCCCUAAGAACGUCCUCUUCGUCGUCAGCAACCCCGACGUCUACAAGUCCCCCUCCAGCAACACCUGGAUCAUCUUCGGUGAGGCUAAGAUCGAGGACCUGAACGCCCAGGCCCAGGCUUCCGCUGCCCAGCAGCUCGCUGCCGCCGAGGCUGCCGGUGAGCACGCCGGUCACGACCACGACCACGAUCACGACCACGGCAAGGGCAAGGAGCCCAUCACCGACCUCGGUGAGAAGCUGGAGACUAAGGAAGAUGAGGAGGAUGAUGGAGAGGAGGUCGACGAGUCCGGUCUCGAGGCCAAGGACAUUGAUCUCGUCAUGGCCCAGGCUAGUGUUUCCCGCAAGAAGGCUGUCAAGGCUCUGCGGGAGAACGAUAACGAUAUCGUGAACUCGAUCAUGGCUCUCAGCAUAUAA